AUGACCUGCUGGCUGUGUGUCCUGAGCCUGCAGUUUCUGCUCCUGCCCGCGGCCCCGCCCCCCGCUGGGGGCUGCCCGGCCCGCUGCGAGUGUACAGUGCAGAUGCGCGCGGUAGCCUGUCCCCGGCGCCGGCUGACCGCGGUGCCCGACGGCAUCCCGGCCGAGACGCGCCUGCUAGAGCUCAGCCGCAACCGCAUCCGCUGCCUGAACCCGGGCGACCUGGCCGCCCUGCCGCUGCUGGAGGAGCUGGACCUGAGCGAGAACGUGAUCGCGCACGUGGAGCCCGGCGCCUUCGCCAACUUGCCGCGCUUGCGAGAGCUGCGCCUCCGCGGCAACCUGCUGAAGCUUAUCCCGCCCGGCGUCUUCACGCACCUGGACAACCUCACGCUGCUGGACCUGAGCGAGAACAAGCUGGUCAUCCUCCUGGACUACACCUUCCAGGACCUGCGCAGCCUCCGCCGGCUGGAGAUGGGCGACAACGACCUGGUGUUCAUCUCGCGCCGGGCCUUCGCGGGGCUGCUGGCGCUUGAGGAGCUGACCCUGGAGCGCUGCAACCUGACGGCGCUGUCGGGCGAGUCGCUGGGCCACCUGCGGGGCCUGGGCGCCCUGCGGCUGCGGCACCUGGCCAUCGCCGCCCUGGAGGACCAGAACUUCCAGCGGCUCCCGGGCCUGCUGCACCUGGAGAUCGACAACUGGCCCCUGCUGGAGGAGGUGGCCGCCGGCAGCCUGAGGGGGCUCAACCUGACCUCGCUGUCCGUCACGCACACCAACAUCACCGCCGUGCCGGCCGCCGCCCUGCGCCACCAGGCCCACCUCACCUGCCUCAAUCUCUCGCACAACCCCAUCAGCACGGUGCCGCGAGGGUCCUUCCGCGACCUGGUGCGCCUGCGUGAGCUGCACCUGGCUGGGGCCCUGCUGGCCGUGGUGGAGCCGCAGGCCUUCCUGGGGCUGCGGCAGAUCCGCCUGCUCAACCUCUCUAACAACCUGCUGUCCACGCUGGAGGAGAGCACUUUCCACUCGGUCAACACGCUGGAGACGCUGCGCGUGGAUGGGAACCCGUUGGCCUGCGACUGUCGCCUGCUCUGGAUCGUGCAGCGCCGCAAGACCCUCAAUUUCGACGGCCGCCUGCCGGCCUGCGCCACCCCAGCCGAGGUCCGCGGCGACGCGCUGCGCAACCUGCCGGACUCGGUGCUCUUCGAGUACUUCGUGUGCCGCAAGCCCAAGAUCCGCGAGCGGCGGCUGCAGCAUGUCACGGCGGCCGCGGGCGACGACGUGCGCUUCCAGUGCCGCGCCGAGGGCGAGCCGGCGCCCACCGUGGCCUGGGUGACGCCGCGCCACCGCGCGGUGACCGCCGCCAGCGCCGGCCGGGCGCGCGUGCUGCCGGGCGGCACGCUUCAGAUCCGGGACGCGCGGCCAGGGGACAGCGGCACCUACACGUGCGUGGCCAGCAACGCGGGCGGCAACGACACCUACUUCGCCACGCUGAGCGUGCAGCCCGAGCCAGCCACCAACCGGACCCCGGGCGAGGGCCGCAACGACACGCAGGCGGCCGUGCGCUUUCCUCUGGACCUCACCACUAUCCUGGUGUCUACCGCCAUGGGCUGCAUCACCUUCCUAGGCGUCGUCCUCUUCUGCUUCCUGCUGCUCUUCGUGUGGAGCCGCGGCCGCGGGCAGCACAAGAACAACUUCUCGGUGGAGUACUCUUUCCGCAAGGUGGACGGGCCCGCCGCGGCUGCCGGCCAGGGGGGCGCCCGCAAGUUCAACAUGAAGAUGAUCUGAGAGGCCCCGGCCCACCUCCCGCGGCCCCCGCCGCUGCGCCUGCGCCAGAGGCCGCGUCUCCGUCUCCGCCCAAAUCCACGCCAGCCCGUGGCUGGCCCAUCUGACUACCACCUAUGCAUUUCCCGUAGGG